UGCACCACCUACGUACACAUCUCUCUCUCUAUAACUUCUCCACCACCACCGCACCAUCUCUGCACCACCGCCGUCCAAAUGGACCACAUCUCUCUCUCUAUAACAUUUCCACCACCAUCACACCAUCUCUGCACCAUGGGCAUUUCUUCUCCGGCAGCUCCAGCCAUGGACUGCCGGCUCCACGAGGCGAUCGAGAAAGGUAACGUCCCGGCCUUCCUCAAACUCGUGGAAGAAGACGAGGAUCUCCUCCAGCAAACCACCAGCGGAACAUCAAACACCGUGCUCCACCUGGCUGCGCGGUUCGGGCACGCUGUGCUGGUGGCGGUGAUCUUGGAGCUGAAGCCGGAGAUGGUGGCGGCAGGGAACGCGGAGAUGGAGACCCCGCUGCAUGAAGCGUGCAGGGAGGGGCGGAUGGAGAUCGUGAGCUUGCUAGCGCAGAUUGAUCCAGGGGUGGUUCACAAGCUGAAUGGAAGACAGGAGAGGGCGCUGUUCGUGGCGCACGAGAGAGGGUCCAGAGGGAAAGUUGAAGUGGUGAAGCACUUGCUAGGCUUUCCAGCGCUGCUCACGCAGGAGCAAGACUUUUUGACUACCUCUCUCCACGUUGCUGCUACUGCGGGUCACACCGAGAAGGUGAAGGAAAUACUGAAAGCGCGGCCAGCCGUGGCGUGGAAGGGGAACUGGCAGGGCUGUUCUCCGCUGCACCUAGCCUGCAGUAAAGGCCACCUCGAGAUCACCAGGGAACUGCUUAGGCUCAAUUUAGACCUCGCCACUUUGCAGGACCUCCAAGGCCUCGCGCCGCUCCACUGCGCCGCCUCCAAGGGCCGAGUCAGCAUCAUCCACGAGAUCCUUUCCACCAGCCUCGAAUCAGCCGAGAUCAAGACCCGCAACGGCGAGACCCUUCUCCACCUCGCCGUCAAGAACAACCAGUUCGAAGCCCUCAAAUAUUUGGUGGAAAUCCUCAAUGUCUCCACACUCAUCAACUUGCCGGACAACGAUGGCAACACUGUCCUCCACCUCGCCAUCGCCGGGAAGCUCAGCGCUAUGGUCAUCUACCUACUCAACCUUCGCAUAGAUGUAAAUGCUCUAAACCUGAAAGGGCACACAGCACUUGAUGUAGUUGAAUCUGAUGCCAGUAACUCAGGUGCUCUUGCUAUUGUACAAGCGCUGCAAAAAGCAGGAGCUAAGAGAGGUGUUGAGCUGCCUCCUAUUUCCCCAGAAAUCCAACCUAUUGCUGAGCCCUUUGCACCAGGAAGGCUUCAUGAAAACAUCCAGAAUUUUCCUUCAAAGAAGGCCUCAGGAUCUCAGGGCCAGCAAUAUUGCAGCCCACAUUGCAGAGCAACACUGCAUGAACAUCAGAUGGAGGGGAUCAGAAAUGCCCGAAAUACGAUAAUUGUUAUGGCUGUUUUAAUAGCAUCUGUUACAUUUGCUGCCGGCAUAAACCCCCCUGGCGGCUUUGACCGGGCUAUAAUGGGUAGGCAAACUCCUUUCAAUGUGUUCAUGACGUUCAACACUUGUGCAUUGUUCACGUCACUAGGUAUUGUCAAUAUUCUGGUGAGCGUUAUUCCUUUCAGGCGAGAAGCCAUGAUGAAACUGUUAACACUGACACAUAAGAUCAUGUGGAUAUCUACCCUGUUCUUGUCGUCGGCUUAUAUUGCUGCCGUAUGGGCAAUUAUGCCACAUGAUAAGGAGAUGGGAUGGGUGUCCAUUGAGCUGGUUUGCCUUGGUGGAGGCUGUACAUUAACUGUGUUUUUAGUUCUAGGAGUAAUGCUUGCAAAGCAUUGGCAUAGAAAAUGGGAAUGGAGGGAAAACAGAGAGAACAGUACCAUCAGUCGUGUUGGAGAAUCCCCAUAUAACUCGGACAUUGAUAGCUCAAAUCAAGAAGGUUACCUCUUGUAUUAGAUAUUGCUGAUCAUAUACGCAUCCUUCUGGGCAUUUACUGAUGCAGUCAUCGAUCAAGACCCAGCGCAAGACCGACUCAACCAAACUGAAAUAGUAACGUCGGAACAGUAGCUCUGAAAUAGUAACAAACAGUAUUUUAAUACUUCAUAUGUCUUAGAAUUCUACUUGAUUAAGUUUGUUCUUUCAAAAGUUUAUUUUGAUGUAUUUUUUUUACACGCGCUACACGUUGCGUCAUUUACUUAGGAUGAUGUAUAUUACUAAUAUCACUUGCAUUUUCUCUUUUCCAAUAUAUUAUUGUUCUAUAUCAUGUACUCCUAGCUGAUUUUCU